GCGAUUUCUCAUUUGGGCCCCACUACUGCGACAAAACAAAUGCUCGAACUUUUUGAUUCAUCACGACGCUGGCAAAAAACGGCCUUCUCUUUUUACGACAAACGCUGACGAGAAUUCUUUGACUUCUGCCUGGCGCAAAGUCGCAACCCGCACUCACCUGCUAGCAUCGAGAACUUUUAAAAGUUCAUUCACACUUGCAACUUUUUGCCGCCCCUUACAACCGUCAAUCGUCACUCCUGCGACCGUUGAUCUCGACGCUGCCCCUCCAUCGCACCUUACCUCUGUUCCUCUAUUCUCGACUCGUCCCUUCCUACUUGCCAUCGCACUAGGAAAGAUAUUGUGUCAUAAUUCAUAAGGUUCUGGCGACCUAGGGCUUAUACUUAUUUGUUCCCUGAGCUCCUGCCUUUUAAUUUAGCUCAACCUAGACGGAACCUUGCAUUUGCUUCUUCCUUGAAAUUUCAGGUCGCAAACGAAUAACGUCUACUAUUUCUUCCUCAUUUCAACCGAAUCUCUCGUCUGCACUGGACCCACUACUAUUGAGUGUUCACAUUGAAAUUCACGAUGUCAGAACAAGUUGAUCUCACGACUAUCCCCAUUUCUCCUAAUGGAGACACCAAAUCCUCGGAUUCGGAGAGCAAUGGCAACCUGAUUACGGUGUUCCAUGACAAAGAUAACUUCAAUGUCAAGCACCCCCUUCAGAACAAAUGGACCCUGUGGUUUACUAAGCCCUCCAGCGGCAAGGGCGACAACUGGAACGACUUGCUUAAGGAAGUUAUUACCUUCAAUUCUGUCGAGGAGUUCUGGGGCAUCUAUAACAAUAUUGCCCCCGUUUCCGACCUGGCCCUCAAGUCAGACUACCACCUUUUCAAGGAGGGCGUGCGACCCGAAUGGGAGGACCCCCAGAACAAGCAUGGCGGCAAAUGGUCUUACCAGUUCAAGGACAAGCGCAACGUUGACAUCAACGACCUUUGGCUGCACACUAUGUUGGCUGCCAUCGGUGAGACUCUCGAGGAAGAGGACGAUGGCGAAGUCAUGGGCGUCGUUGUCAACGUCCGCAAGGCCUUCUACCGUAUCGGCGUCUGGACCCGAACUAUAGGAAAGAGCAUCCCGGGACGAGGAGACGGCGACGUGUCUGGUGGCAAGGGUCGACCUCUCGACAAGGGCCAGAAGAUCUUGCUUGCUAUUGGCAAGCAGUUCAAGGACAUCCUCAAGCUCCCUCCCAACGAGGUGGUCGAAUUCUCCGGUCACACCGAUUCUGCUCACAGCGGCAGCACCCGAGCUAAGGCAAAGUUCACGGUCUAAGCGGAGGUCUAAUGAACUUUCUGCAGUUUUGGCAGCAUAAUGCGAUAUUGCCUCUCAUCGAUUGGUAUUCUCGAAUAAGGAGAAUCUGGCACGUUCGCUAGCGAUCUCUUUCUAGUCACCGAUGCAGGAUAUUAUGGUUAAUGAUGGGGAGGAAGGUUUAUUCUACUUGGCACAAGUGGUGGCCUAGUCCUCGGCAUGAUAUGCAUUCCGCUUCUGGCACCUAAUCGCAAGGGCCGGGGAAUAAAUGAGUACGGUAUGCUCAUCAGCUGCGCUGCACUUCUAUCUGCUCAAAGCAUGUAAUGCUACGGCUCCUCGUUUUCCGCAGAUCGCAGGCAAUAUUACGAAUUAAUAUGAAACCACAAGUCUUAAAACAUUACUGUGAUUCGAUC